CUGAUCUGAGCUCUCACUGUGCGAAUGCGAGGCAGUCGGGGAGCCAGUGAGCGAGGGAGGCAAAGUGUACGAGGGUGUUUGAUGCAGAGCGUGUGUGUCUGUGUGAGUGUGUAGCCUGUUGUUGUGGUGAAAGCCAGUGCAGUGUUUUAAAGUGAAUGAUACAGCCGGCUCCUCUUCCUCUCUCAGGACUAUACCACUAGCAAGAGCUCACCGUCUGGAUUAUUGUGGCACUUCCUCCUCCUCUUGCCUUUGAGGGGAACACCUGUCUGUGUUUUGUGUGUGAGCGCUGAGACGACGGACUUUGCCCUAGUGAGCAGGGCGAGUGGAUGACUUCAGUGAAUGGGUGUUUUGCUGGCGGAAAGAGGGAGACUGCUGACCAUGGACUCCCCUCACUAGUUAACGGGGGUGGUGUGGAGGAUCAGGUUUGUCCAGUCAUCAUGUGUACGCGGGCCUAUCCUGACCCUGAGUGCCAAUUGUUCCCUGGAGAAGUGGAGGAGCCUGAGGAGGCAGACGAGGGCAGGGAGAGGGAAUCAGACAGAGACAGUGCUGUGGAAAGCACCCAGGGGUCAGAGACUUCAGACGGGUCCACCAGACCAGGGGACAAGGAGAACGUGCUGGGAGAUCUCUUUUUCCCUGGGGAGAAGUGUGGUCAGACUAGUAUUUCUGUGACUUCGGACCUGUCAACACGUUCCUCAGCCUCUCUGAACGAGGAGCAGUUUGAGGACUACGGGGAGGGGGAGGAGCCAGACUACACUCCCAGUAGCCCCUGUGCAGACGAGGAGACUCGUACCAACGGCUACUCUGACCUUGGCUCAUCUGUGCCCUCUAGUGCAGGUCAGACUCCUCGUAAGGUGCGCCACCAUUACACUGGUGAACUGAUGGAUGUGUACUGUUCUCAGUGCAGCAAAAAGGUCAACCUGCUUAAUGACCUGGAGGCUCGCCUCAAAAAUCUAAAGCCUAACAGCCCCAACAGAAAAAUCUCCAGCACUGCUUUUGGAAGGCAGCUGCUCCACAACAGCAACUUGAGCAGCAGCAAUGGCAGUACAGAGGACCUUUUCCGAGACAGCAUUGACUCAUGUGACAUUGACAUCAAUGAGAAGGUGAAUUCCCUUGAGAAGAAGGUUGCCGAACUUGAGAGUGAGAUUCUGGUCAACGCUGAUCUCAAAUCCAGGCUGAAGCAGGAGAACACACAACUGGUACACAGGGUUCAUGAGUUGGAGGAACAGUUGAAAGAUCAAGAGACCCGUGCAGAACAAAAUCUGCAGGAGAGGUUAAGGCGACACAGAGAGGCCUACAGCAAGCUGGAGAGAGACAAGAACACACAGAUAGAGCUGCUGACCAGUCGAGCUAAGCAGCUGGAGGAGGAGAACAGUGAGAUGUCCCUUAACAUGUGCCGCCUCAAGUCACAGACGGAGAAACUAGAUGAGGAAAAGCAAAGGAUGACAGACAAGCUGGAGGACACCAGCCUGCGUCUGAAGGAUGAGAUGGAUCUCUACAGGAAAAUGAUGGACAAACUGAGACAGAACAGGCACCAGUUCCAGAAAGAGAAGGACGCCAUGCAGGAGCUGAUAGAGGGCCUUCGUAAAGAGCUGGAGCACUUGCAAGUCUUCAAGCUGGAAGCAGAGCGACCUGGCCGGAGCCGCAGCUCUUCCUCUGGGCUUGCAGACUUCAGCAGCAGGAGCAGGGAGGUGGAGCUAGAGCAUGAGGUCAAGAGGCUCAAACAGCGAUUUGUGCCCCAGGACAUUCUUCCCCCUGAAUUCCAGCACCUGGGGUUGUCUGGGGCUCGACUCUAUCCCAGUCUGAUGGAGAACCAGAAGCUGAGGGAGCAGAAUGAUGAGCUUAAUGGUCAGAUCCUAAGUCUCAGCCUAUACGAAGCCAAGACCCUGUUUGCUACCCAGACCAAGGCCCAGUCUCUAGCUGCCGAGAUAGAAAAUGCUUCCAGAGACCAGCUAAUGGAAGCCUUAAAGGAGCAGGAGGAAAUCAAUCUACGCCUCCGACAGUAUAUGGACAAAAUCAUCCUGUCAAUCUUGGACCACAAUCCCUCUAUUCUGGAGAUAAAGAACUAGCAGCAACUCAACUGGAAUGAGAAUCUUUCCUGAUCUUGGUGGGAGAAUGAGGAUCAUUCCAGUUGUUUGAUCAGAACCUGCAAGGAGUUGGGAACCUGUACAGGAAAACAUGGAGUCAGAGCUCAUCUUAUAUAACAGUGAUGCGUCGCCCCCUGCUGUUUGUGGUGAGAAAAGCAGAUAAAGCAGAAGGGCAUUCUGGGAGUUUUUCUCACUGACUACUAUUUUAGUGUGACUGGUCAAGGCAAACUAUCCUGUUGCCAUUCUCUGUCUAUUCUAUGAACUGUAGUCACAACUUUCAUCUUUCAUGUAACUAACCAGGGAUUUCUUCCCUGCGUGCUUUGAUCAUUGACACAGUCACUCGACACAGUGCACUGGACAUAAAUGCACUUGGGCAUAAAAACUGGAACAAUUAACUAUACUACUGUUUUCUGAUGUUAUUCAUAUUAGCUGUGUUAUUCACAGUGUGCAGACUGUAAACCAGUGUGAGACAGAUAUGAAGGCAGAUAGUUCACUGCCUGACCUGUAACCUGCCAGUCUUUUCCCAUUUAUCAUGUAGAUGUUCUCUGAAUGCAUGAGAUGAUGUAUUUGGACAGGCACGUGUUGAAAGAAAAUUGGGAAAAAAAGACAGAAAUGGUGUGAGAAAGGAAAGAGGAAUGCUUAGCAAUAGUGUUACAUGAUGGACCACGUCCAAAGAAAUGAGGUUAUUUGUGAAGUCGAUGAAGGUACAAAGAAGGUGAAUUAUUUUUUUGUUAAAUUUGUGAGAAAAUGUCUUCCAGUAAACCUUGCAAAAGUAGUUGCAGUAUCAAUCAGCCCAACAGUGAAAAUAUUUUUCACUGAAAAGUGACCCUUAGUUGAUUCAGAUUUACAGAAGCUAUAACGAGGAGUGUCUUUAAACUGUAAACUUCCAUGGCUGCUAUUUGCUAGCAGAGCUUGAAGGGAUGUUCUGUUGCUAGCAAGCAAGACACCCAAAUGAUAUUGCACAGAAAUGUUAGGAGAUGAAUGUACAGGCUGCGUAGCAGGUAUAUGUUGGAGUGAGUGGUAGCCAUUGUAACACGGCUUACUGAAUCGUCUUUUUAUGCUCAGUGAAAUUCACUCAGAUACUGGAUGUGACCAUGCGCUGACUCACCUUUUUGUACACAAAACUGAAGUAGCAAUCUCACUGACUCCUACAAGUGGCAGAUUGCCUCAAUGGCUUUCAGAAUCUCUCCAAUACUGUAAAUUUCAUGAAUGUAUGACUCGAUAUUGUGGCCAAAAGAGCGUUUUGAAUUUAAACUUCUGUAACUGGAUUAGACACACUGUGACCCAUGUGUCUUCAGUACUGUAAUGAGAAGGGCAUUGUUUCAAGAGGGAGGAAAAUACAAUCUGCUGUAUUAUAUAAUUGUUCUAAACUUGAGUUUUGCUUCCUUGCACAAAAAAAUACAUUCUGUUUCCAUUUGCAUGGUUCACAUUUUCUUCUGUGUGUGCCUUUUAAAGACAUUUUUCAAGAUGAUGUUGCUUAGGAUUUACGUUUUAUGUCUAUGUCUGACAUAUGUUCAUGACCUGUAAAUGUUGUAAUUAUAUAGUGAUUAUUUGUAUUCAUGUGCCAGUCACCACUCUUUUUCAGAUUGAUACUAAGACAACUAUUUUAUACAGUUUUAUCAAGUUCUGGGGUUGUUUAGGUGUCCUGUUAACUGUAUAGCACAAUGCUUUAUAUGGUACACAAGCCAGGUUUUACUCUUUCAAUGUAAUUUUGUUUUGUUUUGUUUUUUUUUUUAAAUGCAGAGGGCAAUGUUUUGUUUCUUUUUUCAUUUUUUUUUCUCUCAAGUCCAAGGAUUUUCAAUGUGCUUUAAACUGGCUUUUUUAUGGUUGUAAAUUGUCUUCCUAACUUAAACAGUGACCAUUAUAAGCAAUAUUAACUUAUUACAAAUACCUGCUGGUUUGUGUCACAAAUCUUUUCACUCUAUAGCUGCCUGUCCCAUACUAGACUUUAAAAGAAUAAACGAUACAUUGACAGUGCAGACUGUCAGACGCGUGUCUUGUAGAUCUUGAUUUUUUUAGUUAUUAGGGCUAUCCCAUGGGAUGUAGUCUUAUUAAAUGGCAAUAAAAUGGCUUUGGAAGUGAAA